AUGCAAUGCGAUGUACGAGACAAUCGUGAACGAGAUCUGCAGGAGAGUAAGCUACUCGCAGCUUCGAAGCUGUCAGCGAAAAACCUAUCGCUGGCCAUAAACGAGUACGCCCUGAGUGUAAUCAACUACUACGUGGGAGUUAUCCCCAUGGACAUCACGUACUUUAACAGGAUAGACCUGGAAGUGCGCACAAGAAUAGCCGAUACGAAAGCACACGCGAAGUGGGCGAACACGCAACGGCUCUACCUCCCCCGAAAGGAAAUGGGGAGGGGGCUUCACAGCAUGGUAUUUAGAGAAGAGGCCAUGUUGUUACGACUGUGGAUGACGUUUGCAGCAGACGAGGCAACGUCAGAAAGAAGAGCUGCCAUAAUGCAGCAUUACCGCGAGACUUAUGCGCACAUAUCACUCAUACUACUACACCUGGAAGGAAGAUAUGGACUGAAGUUUGAGCAAGAGGACACAAUAGAGAAGUGUCUCAGGGACCUCAGGAGGGCUCAGAACAAAUGGCUAUACGACAGAAUGGAGGUAAAAUCAACACAUAAGGUUCUGUUUGCCAAGCGUGACGACCCCAACUUGGACAUUGAGGGAUCUUCUCUAGUUUUCACAAGUGGAAUCCUCAGUCCCUCAGAAGAAGCGCAAGCCGCGGCAGUUCAGGACAGGAACCUGACAUGGAUGUCACCGACGAAGAAGUGUCCGAGGUGCAAGAACGGCAAGAAUGUGGAUCAUCUCGCAACAAAAUGCCCGAAAAUGCUGCGUAUAGAGUAUACGAGGAGGCACGAGGCAGUUGCGAGGAUAAUCCACUCGGAACUCGGGAGGCAAAUAGGACUACCCAAGGAGAAAAUGGACGCCCACAAGAUCGAGAGCGAAGUGCACGGGAAACACGGAUGGAUCGCGUACGACAAAACGGUCAAGACUCAGAAGAUCAAGGAGUACAACCGCCCAGACAUAAUAGUGGCGGAUCGACGGAGGAACAUGAUCACCAUCGUGGAAAUAGGAAUCACCAAUCAGGACAACCUAGUGGAGACGGAGACAAUCACGACUCUGCGAAUGACCCUCUCGCUAAAACAGGAUGGGUGCCACAAUGGAUGGUACCUGUAG